CCUCAUCCCCAUUGAAACAAAACGCUGAAAAGCCCACAUUCGUCCACUGAGUAGACUGAAGGGUCGAGGAAUGAAUAAGCAGGACAGAGGAAGACAGAAGGAUUGAAGGAGGAGACCAAAGAAGUUGAAUUUGUUGUUGAAGAAGAAGAAGAAGAAGAAGAUGAAUAUACCAGUGCCAUUGGGUGAAGAAGUAGGGCCUAAGUUGGUUCGUUUGCUCUCUUUUGUGGGAGCUGGAUUUUUAUGUACUGUAGCUAUUAACAAGUGGAGGGAUUUGGAAAAGAAGGCCAUUCUUCAGAAACAGCAACAAGAGAAGGCUGCUCCGCCCUUGGAAAAUUCAUCAUCAAACUGAAAUUCGGUACCAGAUGCUAUAGAGCGGAUUAAUAUUUACUUGUAAUUCUUUUUCUUUUUUCUUUUUUUUUUUUCUUUAGAAAAAAAACCUUUCAGAGGCCCUUUACCGUGUUCAGGGAAAUGAUUGACAAUUUUUUCUGGGGUGGCUAUUGAUCAACUUUUGAACUUUAUUUUAAUGGAGUUUAAAGGAGCGAAAUUACUUUCAUAUUUCUUUUGACUACAUUUGGUUGUAUCAUGCAUUGCAUUGUUCAUUGUUGUUCAACUGUAGAAACAUUUGGGAAAUUGAGUUGAAAUGGAUGGCUCAGAAAAGAAAAUCUCUAUAAAUGUACAAGAAAGUGCCUGAUUCAUUAGGUUUUGUUCUUUUUUUAUUCAAGAACGCAUUCUUCUGAAUUUACUUUGCAGGCAACAUUUUUUGCUCGAGAGUCGAAAACUCCUUAAAGUUAGUACUUAACCCCCACUGGUUGGUUUCUGUAUUUUAUCUUCUUGGAUGAAACUUUGUCAAUAACUUAUACUCCAUGUCUGCCCACUUAACAUUUUACUCCUAUUAAUAAUCACAUCGUCAAUUUGUCAUUGCUUGUGUGUUUUGCUAUUUUCCCAUGAAUACCAAAGCUAUGGCCUUAAGAUGAUAAUAGACAAAGAUCACUGCUUUAGCUGGUUAAGUACCGAGAGUUUAGAUGACAACAUUGUUACAGUACUGCUUACUUAGUUGCACUGCUUAAUAGAGUUUUAUUUUAUCUUAUUUCUUUUAAAAGAGUCAGGAAAGUUACUUUUUAUGUUGUUUCAAGUAUGCAAGGAGCUUGACAAAUCUGAAUUAUACCAUAUUGGCUCUGAUCCUCAUUCUGACUCUUAAGCGGCUACUUGCUCUUUUUAUCCUUGUUUUGGACCAAAGUUCUUUUUCAUGGGAAUGUUCAAUGAACUGCAUUUAUGUGACAGUGUAAAUUGGUGUGCUUGCUACACAUCACCCUAAAAGACUUUGGAAUCCGUAUAAUUUUGUCUAUUUCAGCUCUGUAUGACUGUCUGAUUUAAAAGAUAUGUAUAGGCCUUAAGUUGUUAACCUUUGUAAGGUUUCAGCUGAUUUAGAACAAACGUGAUUUUUGUGUAGUUUGUUAUCAGGAAGACAUUUAUUGUGCUGGAAUAGUUUACUACCAUUCAAAUUAGAUUUUUAAUCUCAGACCACUGACUUGAUUUAUCUGUUCUCAAGGUUGUCCGAAAAAGAUUGAAGCAAAUGUCGAGAAACUAGAAUCGUUUUCUAAUACAUAAGACUAGAAGCAUGAAAUAUCUUAGUUUGUCCCUUUCUGGAAACAUUUGGUCUUUUAAUUCAUUGAGAUGCUAGGCACACAAAGAUGGAUUAGAAGAUUUCAUGCAUAUCUAUGAGUGAUUUACACGAGCCAAUAGGUAGUUUUACAUCUUCCAAGUGUUCUGCGGCUUACAUGGAGCUUCUAAUGAGCUUAUGAAGAUAACUAAUGAGACCUUUUGAGCAUAUCAUUCUGCACAAAAUUUGUUCCUUCUUCCUUUGUUUUGUUUCUAGACUGGACAAAUGACCAAGGUGUAUCACAUGAAGCGGGUGGGUUGGCACACUUCUUGACUGGACUAAUUUGAUUCACAGGGUCUGUGUUAAUUGUUGAUCCCGAGGCUUUUGCCAUGGUAUAACCAAGCUUCUCGAAAACCACCCCGGAGAAUUGGGCUGCUUUCUGCCCUAAAUGCGGGAUUUCAGUGGUGUCUAACACCACAAAUAAAAUAUCUCAUGCGUUAUUUUAAGGAAUCUCUUAUAAGAUUCCAUUAAAUUCAUCGUGGCAAAAUAACAGCCAGUUCCGUGUUGGUCCUCAUAGGCCCUGGCGUGUUACCGACGCUUUUAUGUAAAAAUAUCAGGCUCAAUUUUCUUUACUGGCAUCCUAACUGAAGUUCGGGUGGCAUCUGAAGAUUCUAUAUUUUUAAUUAGUUAACGUUGUUUGCAUAAUGAAUAUCAGUUCCUUCCAAUGUGAUUAAACCAGAACGAAUAGAUGAAAUGUUUUGAAUAUGAUUUACCUUGUUGAAUCUCCCUUGUAGUCUGCAAAACUGCUAUUAACCAAUUGCUUCAUUGAAUCAAGGCAGGGAGUAAAAUUAGUGACAUAAUGGAUUGGAACUAGGUUUUCAAUUGCUUUAUCUCCUGUGGGCUGUAGACGGAGGUAAAGUAAAGUGUAGUUUAAGUUGUUACUCUUAUCUUGACCGAGUGGGAAGAUUAUUUGUUUGCAAUGUGGAUCUAUGAAUGUUCUAAGCUGUGUAACUGUGUAAGCUUCGGCUGUAAAGUAGUCUCAAUCAAAAGAAUAUUUCGUAAAUUUUUUCAAGUAGCGAGAGCGGCAUUCUCUGGAAAGGCAAUCCUUCUGUUUUAAUAAGUAUCUGCAUGACUGCAUCUGUUAAAUGUUGGGUUGUUCUUGGUAGUGUAUGCCUAUGGUCAUCUACCGGUAGCUCUUAUCUCGUGUACCUUGUGUGCAUAAUAUUGACCUUCAGUGGCGUCUCGUGAUUAUUCUGAAUACAGUUGCGCUUAAACCAAGUGCAUGCAUUUAUCUAUUCCAAUAAUAUCCCUGGCCCUUAGUACACUACAAUUAUCAAACUUUUGAACUUAAAAACUAUCAAGUUUAAAGAAGUGUUUUGUGGCCUGAGGAACUGAGGAAACUCUCCCGUGAAUUAAAACCUUAAUUUUGUUCUUGCAUGUACAACGCACUAUUUUGAGCUUGUUAUUAUAGUCUAAUGGUUCCACCAUCGUUUUUUUCUUUUUGGUCGUCAUUUUACUGAAGUCGAAGACAAAUUCUCUCCUCCUGGAUGUUGUGCGAAGAUCUUUGUGUUUCCUCUACAUGACAAAAAUGAAGAGACUGGACAAAUUCAACUGGAAAGGCGUGCCUGGCCUUUAGCCAAACUCCAAGCCUUCAUAUUAACUUCUCUUCUCACUCUCCUUCCCAUUCGUUAUUUUUCUGUAUAAAUAUGUUUCCCUGUGCUCCACUAUAGACUGGGGAACACACAUGGAGAACUGCAAGUUACAACAGAAAUUUGAAUGUUGUUUCCAGGACUGGAUCAAUCAACAAAAUCAAGAUCUGGAAGAGCUUCUCCAGGCUCUGAGCUUGAAUAAAGAUGAUGACGAUGAAAACUUCCAACAACUUGCUGCGAAAGGUAUCAAACACUUUGAGGAUUACACUGAUAAAAGGGCUUUGCUAGCCAAACAUGAUGCGCCGUCGCUUCUGUGUCCCCCAUGGUGCACCUGUUUUGAGAAUGCUUUCCUUUGGAUAGGGGGGUGCAGGCCUUCACUAUCUAUUCGCCUCGUUUACAGUCUCUGUGGCGCUGAACUCAAUAUUGAUACUGGCACUGCUGAUCAUCUGAGUGCAGCUUCUUCUUCCCCCCUAAUAGAGAGCCAGGGAAAUUUGGCUGACAUAUCCUCAAAUCAGCUUCAUUUGAUCAACUCUUUACACUUGAAAACCAUAAAGGCGGAAGGAAAGCUAUCUGACAGGAUGGCCAGUUUACAGGAAGAAAUAGCUGAUGAUCCGCUGGCGAUGAUAGCGAAAAGAGCACGCCAGGUUGGCGAGUCUAGCCAGAGCGUAGAUGAGGUCUUGCAGGGUCAUUCGGUUGCUCUGGGGUGCAUACUCGUGGAUGCUGACAAGCUGAGGCUGAGUACAGUGAAGGAAUUGUUUAGCAUCCUUACGCCAUUACAGAAUGCCGAUCUCCUUGCUGCAUCAAAGAAACUUCAUCUCUCAAUGCGUGAGUGGGGGAAAAGGAGAGAACAACAAAUGAGGGACCAGUGCGAGAUGAUUACUGGGGAUCAAGAAGAGGAGAUCAACAAGUAAGAGCAUAAGGAGGAGCGAUUUCGCAAUCAUGUCAAGUUUGCACAACAAAAGAUGCAGGGUGGGCUUUUGUGGAUAUCUCACACUUAUCCCUGCAAUUUGAGUUCCAUCUUUUCAGUGGUAUUAUGUUUCCAAUGUAAAUUUUGUGUGUGUUUUUCAGUUCCAGUUUGUGUGGUUACAACCUAUGUUCGUGUUGGUGUACAAUUUUCAAUGUACAACUCGGUUUGGCUUGUUCAUUAUCUUUAUCUGAUCGGGAAAUGUUGCGUCAAAGGAAAGCCUUUUGUGCUUUUCCUUUCUGUCUUUAACUCCGAUCUUACGUAUUUUUGUUAAAUUCAUAGAUCAAGUUAUAUAUAUUCAAUUUUAUUAUUAUUUUUUUUUGGUACCUGAGGACAAG